AUGAAACAUGCUAAGGCGAUGAUUGUUAUUGAGCGUAUGUUUGGACAACUAAAAGGCUUAUGGGCCAUUUUACGUAGUAAUUCAUAUUAUCCAGUUGAGACCCACGACAUGGUAAUGAUGGCUUGCACAUACUUGCAUAAUUUUAUCAAGGUUAACAUGGAGUAUGAUCCUGUUUUGGGUGAUGAGGAAUAUAUCAUUCAGCUUGAGCAAAUAAUGGUAGCUAAUGAUGGUGAAUGUGAAGAAUACAUUGAAGUUGUUGAAUCAUCACAAGCUUGGAGUGCUAUAAGGGAACAACUCGCUCAACAAAUGUGGCCAGAAAGCUAG